AUGGAAACGACAAAGGAGGCUUUGUCGCCGACUAAGGCAACACCGGGUCCGACGGGGCUAUUACCGGGUUCCACGGAACCAUCAUUCGACCCACCCAGGUCAUUGAGUACUUUGACUACUGUACGCGAAGUUCCAGCAAUGGGCCGAAGAGGCCAUAGUAUCGCGCACUUGCUGAGUCAGCCGACCCGUAUUUCAGAUGAAACGGUGGUUAGAGAAGAGGAAGAGAGGAUUAAGAAAGAGAAGCUGGCCCGGAAGAAUUUACGUCGAAAGAUUUCGAUGACGUGCACGGCAGCCCAAAGAUUAAUCGAGAGUUAUGGAUCACGUGGUGCUAUCCAGGGGCUAGUAGACCACGUGCAGCAAUUGCUAGUCGACGCUGAAGAAGCAAAUGUACGAAUUGCGGGCGAUGCUAUCAAUGAAGAUGUUGAUGAACAAUAUAAGAUACACUUAACCUACGUCCAACAAGUCGGCGUGGUUACCGAAAACUUUCGGCUGUAUCGAGAAGCCCGAAGAGACGACGCAACGACCAGAGCAAGCAGUCAGAAGAAUGCAGAUCUCGUGCAGCCGACAACCCAACAGUCCAUCGAGCAUUCAAGUUCAUCGUCAUCUCAUCAGGAGAUCGUUCGAGACAACGGUCACGUAGUCGAUCUCCAUCCCAACACGACAGUCAUCGUUCCGGUUUUCGCCGACGAGCAGCACGGGUCAGAGCCUAGGUCCAGAGGCUCUACUUCGAGAGAGCGAGCGGAGGCGGAACAGGCCUUACAAAAGCUAACGCUCGUGGAAGAAGAAAGAGACCUAGAACGCAAAAUUGAGGGACGAAAGGAGAACGAUGUCCAAGAAUGGUGCCAAUCACAGCAAAUACGGCGGCACGACGAGUUCAUGGAUGAUUUGGCUCCCGAUACAUGGAUCGACCUCUACCGAGAGGGCCGAUUGCAGCUUCCACAGUGGUCCAACCAUGGAGCUGGAUCUACGAUAAAGGCGGAGCUAGAAGAUUUCCAUGGACAAGCGCUGGAAUGGUUCACCUGGAUCGACCUUUUCCGAGCGCUAGUCCACGACACAACGAGAGCCGCGGCAGAGAAGUUGGCGAUCCUUAAACGACGUCUGCGUGGAGAAUGUGCAGAUAUCGUGCAUGGUCCCGGAGGUGGGGAAACUGCCUACGUUGAGGCACUUACUCGUUUAAAGGAGACGUAUGGUCGACGAGACGUAAUGAGAGCAGCGCUCGUUCAGGCUCUGGAUAAAUUGGAGAUGGGCAGGCAGGACCCGAACUCCUUCCGGCGUUUUGCUGAGAAAACCCGAACUUACCUUUUUGAUUUGAAUAGAAUCGGUGAGACGGCCACUACACACAUUAUUGACCGGAUUUGCCUCAAGCUUCAACUACCUGACCGGCUCGCGUGGAAUGAGGAACGUGGAACCGGAUUGGAGAAAAUGAAUCUCCUGACUUUCGGGAGGUGGUUAUGCAAGCGGGCCGCGGCCUAUCAAAAUGCCCAUAGCCUCGCAGCGGAACAGUUUUCUGUCCCAACCAUAAAGCCACCUUACAAGUAUUCCACCCGAUCGCAUUCUACCAACAUCAAAAUGGAGCGGAAAGGAAGCGCAAGUGGAUUCAGUGGUAAAUCCGGCAAUGGCAAAACUUUUUGUUUCCAAUGCGAAGGAUCGCAUCGGUUAGAGGUGUGUCCAGUCUUUAACGAAAUGGCUACGAAAGAAAGGUUAUUCUUCUGCAUCCGCCGAAGAUUAUGUUUUAUUUGCUUUGGUCCGAACCACUCAUCGCGCGAAUGCAAACUCAGGAAGCCAUGUACCUCUCCAGGAUGCAAACAUUGGCAUCACUUUCUUCUCCACGACGAAGCGGAGUUAGAUACCAAGAACGUGCGUCCGGCAGCUGCACGGGUGAACUCCAAGAGACAGACGACCGCAGUGGCGAUGCUUCAUUUGGACGUGUUCGAUGCCGACGGGCAUACAGUCAAGGCAAACGUGUUUGUGGACGAAGGCAGCGACAGUACGCUCUUCCGUGACGCGUUUAUACGGAGACUUCGACUGAGUGGAGUCUCCCAGACUCUUUCCGUAGAUGGAGCUGGAGCGAUUAAAAACAAGUACGCUUCUCAACGAGUGCAACUGCAAAUGAAGCUUCCCACCGGUGAAAUAAUAACAUUAGUCGGCUCAACGAUGCCGACCGUCGCUAGUCCAGUUCCUACAGUAGAUUGGGGUACGCUGAAGUCAAGGUGGACACAUCUAGCAGAUCUACCAAUAACAACGAGCGGUGGACGAGUCGACAUUUUGCUGGGCAGCGACGUGGUGCACUUGACAACGGCCCUGGAAUCACGCAUAGGUCGGGAUUAUGAACCUACGGCAAGGUGGACGAGAAUUGGGUGGAUCGUACGCGGGGCUAUAGGAGAUCCUUCUCCAACGAACGCCGUAAGGACCCACACUAUCUUCGCCACAAACGACGACGUCGAUCUCCUGGCUCAGCAAUUCAAGAGGUUCUGUGACACGGAAGAUUUUGGGAUAGAACAUAGGAGCCCUGGUCUAUCCGAAACUGAUAAGCGAGCCAUACAGAUUCUCGAGUCUGGCGUACGGAAACUGGAGGUCGGAUACGAGGCUCCAAUCACCUGGAAGACGGGGGAGCCAUCGUUGCCGAACAAUCGGAUCUUGGCGGAGAGCAGAUUGGAGAGUCUACUACGUUGA